UGUCAAGUGAGGAGGAGGAGGAGGAGGAGGAGGAGGAAGCGACUGCCUCUGGAUCUGCGGUGCGCGCCGGGCCGCGUAAGUCCGGGCCGGGGAUGCUGACCGCGGGUACCGCCCGCUCUCUCUGGUUGCAGUUCCCCCUUGGGGCGGGUCGCUCUUGCGCGUCGUGCCCCGGCGCGCUCUCCUUCCGUCAGCUGGGUACUCCUGCCAGUGCUGGGAUAGCGAGUUCCCGCUUCAUAGUCUCACCUUUCCGGCUGUCCCCGGAGCUCUGCCUAGAAAGAGGUAGAAGAUUUUGUUCACAGGGAGAGAGCUUCCAUUGCACGCCUGCUCCAGGCUGGACCCAGGGGACAGGAAGGGUGACGAAGGACCAGGAGUCCCUCUCGACCCACCCACUCCCAACCUGGAAGCCUACUCUUUGGGUGCUUUGUUUUGAUGGGUCUCUGCUUGCUGCCGUCCCUUGCAAUGGCUUCUUACUUGCAGGAGUGUGUCGGUUUAGGGUGGGGAUGUUGGAGAGUUGUGAUUCAGCAAAAUGACCCCCCCCCCCCUUACACACAAACACGGAAAUAGCACUUAAACAAGAAGCCCCCAAGGCCGAGCUGGGUUGGAGAUGGGAAAUCCCACGUUAGUGUAGUGGACAGUGUGAAUACUUUUGCUCAGGCCGGUGGGUGAGUCAUGUGCCUCUGCUGAUUGGCUGACCUCCCUGUUACUCAAGACAAGGGUUUUUUUGUUUGUUUUUUUAAAAGUGUUUUUAGCCUGCUUGUUUACUUGUUUAUGCUUUUCGAAAUCUGGUGAGAUUAUCUCCUGUGUGUGUAUAUAUGUUGGAUGCCAGUUGCAGCAGCCCUCUUGAGAAUGUCUUUACUUAUCAUCAAAGGUGAUAUUAAUAGCCCCUGGUUACUAAAAUCCAACUCUCAGUGUACUUCUAAGCCAAUGUGCUCUUCAGUGCUAUAAUAAAAAAUUGGAAAAUUUUUAUGAAUGGAGAUGUCAACUUCCCUUGGAAUUGGUAGAGCUUGGGUGUUGUAAAGAAUGUCACCCACAGGGCUAGACAGAUGGCUCAGCGGUUAAGAGCACUGAUUGCUCUUCCAAAGGUCCUGAGUUCAAAUCCCAGCAACCACAUGGUGGCUCAUAACCAUCUGUAAUGAGAUCUGAUGCCCUCUUCUGGGGUUUAUGAAGACAGCUAUAAAUUAAAAAAAAAAAAAAGAAAAAAAAAGAAUGUCACCCACAAAAAUGCAAAGGAAUUAUGAAUGUGUUUUCAAUUUCAAGAAGUCUUCAGCUAGCCGGGCGUGGUGUCGAACGCCUUUAAUCCCAGCACUCGGGAGGCAGAGGCAGGUGGAUUUCUUAGUUCGAGGCAAGCCUAGUCUACAAAGUGAGUUCCAGGACUGCCAGGGUAUACAGACAAACCCUGUUUAGAAGUCUUCAGCUGGGGCUCAGUUUUAUGGGCUUUACAAUAAUUUACAAGAACAUUAUUUUAUUCACUUUAAUUUGGAUGGAGAAUGAUCUUUCCAUAGAGGGCAUUUAUAGGUAACCAACUCCUUCCUUCUCAAAGCUUCAACUAGGAAGGUUGGAAAAGGUAACACUGUCAAAGACUGAAUUGAAUUGAUCAAAUCUAGAAGGAAAAGCCCAGAAUUAUAAAAUAUAUUGUUGCUGAUUUGUACAUCCUAUCUUUGGUAGCCAAUAAAGUAUUUAAGGACUCAAGGUAAAGUAAGUCUUUUUAAGUGGUAUUAGUUGGUCUUAACUGGAAAUAAACCUCUUUUUAUCUUGUUAGCAUUCUGCACAUGCAAAUUGCUAAAGAUAAGGGAUUUUGCUUAUUGAUGAAAGCUAGGAUACAAAAGUGACUGGGACAUUUUGGAUGUUCUGAAUGCCCGUGUGUUUCAUUUGGAGGGCUGCAAGAGGGAACUUUUAUCUAAGGAUUGCUGGAGAACCUUAGACCACUUAGUAAAAUUUCCACUAAAUUAUUGAAUUAUUUAAAGGAAUUUAGACUUUGUCUCCAGAGUUAAUCUUUUUUGAGCCAGUUUUGUGAUCUUUGUACCAAAUUACACUUUCACUUUUGGAGAGAUACAGAAGGCGGCAGUAUUUUCAAGUUACACAAUUCAGGCUGUUGAAUGACUUGAGAGUUAGAGAUUCUAUAGAGUGGAGAGUAUGUUUAUUAAUAUUUGUGCACACAUGCAUUCUCCCCUGGAGAGCAGAAGAGGGCCUCGGGUCCUCAUGAACUAGAGUUAUAGAAGGUUGUGAGGAGCCGUGAGAAUGCUGGGACCAGAGCCUGAGGCCUCAGCAAGAGUGGCAGUUACAGACUUGCCUUCUCUAGGCACUGGAGGCAGGGUUUUGAUACAGGGUUGAGUCCAGGCUGUCCUCAAACUUGGCAGUUCUCCUGUCUCAGCCUCCUAAGUGCUGGGAGUCACAACAACCUGCUUGGGGUUGUUUUUAAAGAAAAGCCAUUCUGGGCAGUCUAUGUGGCUGUAAAGUGUUUGAAUGUUUAGAGUUUGGGAAGAUGGUACAGUGAAUGGCCUGUAACUUCAGCUCUUGGGGGACUGACACUGCCUUCUGACUUCCUUCCACCCAUGCAUGCACAGCGUGCGCACACACACACACACACACACACUCUCACACACACACUCACACACACACACACACACACACACAGUUAAAAAUUGUAAUGUCUAAGUUUGAAAGAACCUGUGAGAUUAACUGAGGUUGGAAAGAAGAAGGGCGUGGUAUCACACACAGCCCUGUAAUCUCAGUACUCAACAAGCAGAGAGGCAGGAGGUUCUCCAGUUCUUGGAUAGCUUGGGCCACCUACUGAUUCUGUGUUCUAGAAGGAAAGUUUGUCAUUGAAAUUUACUAAUGGAGCUGGGUGUGGUGCCACAGGCCUUUAAUCCUAAGUACCCUGGAGGCAGAGCGCUUUUGAGGUUGAGGCCAGCAUGGUCUACAGACCCUAUCUUGAAAACCAACCAUCCAAAACCCCCCUUGCUAAUAGUAUCUAAUAAGUCUUGUGAUUUUUAUUGUUUUAGUAAGAAAACACCAGACAUUUGCAAAGUGAGAAUUGUGAGAAAAUCCUUGCUGCUGCUAUUUCACUUAAUACAUAUGGUAUGCACAUGUAGCAGAUUUUUAGGUACUUUCAUUUUCUUAUAAUUCCACAAGAGAGGGUUUUGUUUGGCUUUUCUUUUCUUAUUCUGUAUUGUGUACUUGGUACCUAGAAGAGCAUCUUAACGAUUGAAUAGGAAUUUGCCAUACAUAAUACUAAAUGCAAGUUCAUUAAAACAAUACUGUGAUUUAUAAGACGUGUGAGUUUUAACUAAGAAUACCACUGAAGUCUCUAGUAAUUGUGGUAAGCUUACUGAGUGGUAUACAGUUGCUUAAGUGUACUGCUUUGACUUCCCUAUUUAGCAGUUUGCAAUGUGGUCAGUAGGUGUAGGCUGUUUCAACCCUGACCUGCAGAAAAUAUUUUAAAAGGGAGAAGUGGGCAAAUAAAUAAAUAAAUGUGUAUGGGCAGCAUGUUUUUCUUUUCUUUUCUUUUCUUUUUUUUUUUCGAGACAGGGUUUCUCUGUAUAGCCCUGGCUGUCCUGGAAACUCAUUUUGUAGACCAGGCUGGCCUUGAACUCAGAAAUCCGCCUGCCUCUGCUUCCCGAGUGCUGGGAUUAAAGGCGUGAGCCAACACGCCUGGUUUAUUCAGUCUUAAUGGAUAAAAUGGUGGGCUUGAAUAGUUUUUACUUUUGGGAAAGAUAGAAUAGUGCUGCCUAUAAUAACUCCUUCUGUAUAAGGUCAAGAGUGGUGGCUCUGGGGAUCAGUGACAGGAUAGAGAGUUGGUGACCAGCCUCACCUAUAUUUUGAGGCCCUGUUUAUCAGGAAAAAGGUUUGUGUAUAAGUAUUUAUAUGGACAUGGAUUAAUUUUAUGGGCCAGAUAUCUAGGAGUGAUUUGAUAGGCCAGAUGGUAAUUUUUUUAAAAUCAUUUUUGAAGAUGUACAGAGACUAUUUUGGUGGGUUUUUUCUUUUGAUUUUGUUUUUCAGUGGAGUGGGUUGUUUGAGACUGACUGGGUCUCACAUAGCCAACGUUGACCUUGAACGUUGGAAUUACAAGUGUGCCCCACCAUCAUUUAUACAGUGCUGGGGAUCAUAUACUGGGCUUUGUGCAUGUUAGGCAGGCACCUGUACCAUCUGAGCUAUGUUCCCCAGCCCUGCAGGGACCAACUGCAUUGCCUUUCUAGUGCUUAUGUCGUAGUGUCAAAACAAAGGAACAUUUGAUCUUUAGAAGUCCAAGUCAUAGAUCAGUUUGAUACAAGUGUAUAGGCGAAAGUCUGGAAGAAGUAGCCAAAGUUUAGGUAGUUCUGGUUGUCCUAGAGCUUUCCAUUUAGACCAGACUGGCCUCAAGUCACGGAUCUGCCUGCCUCUCCCCCCCCCCCUCCCCCCGACAGGGUUUCUCUGUAUAGCCCUGGCUGUCCUGGAAACUCACUUUUUAGACCAGGCUGGCCUCAGAAAUCCGCCUGCCUCUGCCUCCCCGAGUGCUGGGAUUAAAGGCAUGCGCCACCAGGCCCAACUGCCUGCCUCUUUUUUGAGUGUUGGGAUUAAAGUUGAGUAUCACUACUUCCAGCCCUAAAUUUUAUAUUUUUAAAAAAUUUAUUUGGGCAUAUUGCGUGUCUGUCUACAUGUGUGAAGUAUGUAUAGAGUAUACUUUUUAAAAUAAAAAAAAGACUUAUUUUAUGUGUAUGUAUGUUUUACCUGUAUAUGUCUGUGUACUGCAUUCAGACCUGGAGUUAAAUAAGGAUGCUUGUGUGGGUACUGGGAGCCAAACCUGGGUUCUGUGUAAGAUCAGCAAGUGCUCUUAACUGCUGAGCUGGUUUUCUUUCCUUGUACAGGUAAGGGUUUUGUUUUGUUUUGGCUUUUCUUUUUUCUUUGCUGUUCUUUUGGUUUUUCGAGACAGGGUUUCUCUAUAUAGGCCUGGCUGUCCUGGAACUGAGCUCCAUAGAUGAGACUGGCCUCACACAGAGAGCUUCUGCCUUUGCUGCCCAAGUGUUGGAAUAAUACCUGUGCCACUACUGUCUAGCCAUUCAUUCAUUCAUUCAUUCAUUCAUUCAUUCAUAUGUUUCUCUUUGUAGCCCUGGCUGUUCUGGUUUCCUUUUGUAGACCAGGCUGGCCUUGAGGUCUUGCGUCUGCCUCCUGAGUGCUGGGAUUAGAGGUGUAUGGCACCAUACCUGGCAGCUUUUAUUUUUGAGGAUAUUUUUUUUUUCUCCCAGUCUAAAUAGCAUGCCAAUCUUAAUAAAAAACUGUAUGUACAUCUCCCAGGGUAAAUCAUAGGGCAUAUCUUAUUCUGAAUAAAUUGAUGAAAGAAUGUCUAGUGUCAGGUUUAGAACAGUGUAGACAUAUUCCUCUCUUCAACUCUCACAUGCCCAAGAGACUAUGGAACUCAGGGCAAGAGACUAUGGAACUCAGGGCUUUACAGAACCUAGGCAGAAGCUUAUUCUGGGCUACAACUGCUACAGUUUUGACAUCCUUUCUUUUACUUUUUUGUGACACUUGUCUCACUGUGUAGGUCCCACUAGCCUCUUAAAUAGCAAUCUACUUGCCUCUGACUUCUUUUUCUUUUUUUUUUUUUUUGGUUUUUUGUUUUUUUUUUGUUUUUUUUUUUGUUUUUUUUUUCGAGACAGGGUUUCUCUGUAGCCCUGGCUGUCCUGGAACUCACUUUGUAGACCAGGCUGGCCUCGAACUCAGAAAUCCGCCUUUCUCUGCCUCCCAAGUGCUGAGUUAAAGGCGUGCCCCACCACACCCAGCUGCCUCUGACAUCUAAGUGUUGUAAUUAAAUGUAUGCACCACUAUACCACAUCGUUUUUUUUUAUUUUAUCUGAACAAUAGUAAUAUGUGGUCAUUUAAAGAAUUUGGGCCAGGCAGUGGUGGUGCAUGCCUUUAAUCCCAGCACUUGGGAGGCAGAGGUAGGCGGAUUUCUGAGUUCGAGGCCAGCCUGGUCUACAAAGUGAGUUCCAGGACAGCCAGGGCUACAUAGAAAAAUCCUGUCUCAGAAAAAAAGAAAAAAAAAAAAAAAAGAAUUUGGAAAGUUUAGGAUGUAUUUUAAAGUUGCAGGUUCUUUUGCUGGGUGGUGGUAGUGCACUCACGGCCUUAGUCUUAGUACUUGGGAGGCAGAGUUAGGCGGACCUCUGAGUUUCAGCACAGGGCUAUACAGCUUUGAAAAAAACUAAAACCAGCCACUCUGCCCCCUCCAUUUUUCUUUUAAUCUUAUUUUUAUUUCUUUUUUCUUUUUUCCUUUUUUUUUUUUUCUUUUGGUUUUUCGAGACAGGGUUUCUCUGUGUAGCCCUGGCUGUCCUGGAACUCACUCUGUAGACCAGGCUGGCCUCGAACUCAGAAAUCCGCCUGCCUCUGCCUUCCAAGUGCUGGGAUUUAAAGGUGUGUGCCACCACGCCCGGCUGUUAUUUUUAUUUCUUUUCAGUUUUCUCCCUAUACUUUCAUAGCAAAAUUGAAUUGGACCCUCAAUUAAGGGUGGGUUUUAAGAGCCUUGCACAUACUAGGCAGGUACUCUACCAUAUAUCCCUCACUAUAUGGAGUUUUUAUUUAUAAUUGUGAGAGAAUAUGUGACUGUUGGUGCACAAGUGGAAGUCAGAGGACUACUUUUUUAGACUUGGUUCUUCAUUCUCUUUUAUGUAGGCUCUGGCAAUCUCUUGUCUAGUCUAAAGCUCUUUGAUCUGCUGAACACUGGCUCUGGUUGCAUUUUUGUUUUUGAGACAAAUGACCUGAGUAACCCUGGAUGCUUUUGAAAUCCCUGGUCAGCCCUGCUUUUGCCUCCCAAUUAUUGGGAUUACUGUUGUGCACCAGCCUGGCUAGUUUCUUUUGUUUUGCCAAAUUACUAUACAGGUGAACCUUUGGUAAAGUUAAGUACUUAAAGCACCGUGUAAGUCUACCAUAAUUUCUAGUUGUGGAUGUGGUUUUCAGAUUUUUCUCUUUCAUCUCUAGGAAUAAGACCACUAGAUCAAAAAGUGUGUAUUUGAAAUCCUUCCAUUGUUACUCUUCUAGAAAGACUACAUACAUUUCCAUUUUUGUCUGAAUUUAGCAGUGUCUUAUUUAUACUAGUGAGGUUUUAACAUUUUCUUUUAUAUCAUAAAUGACAGUUGUGUGACUACAAAAUGUCUUUUCUUAGAUGGGUUCUCAGGGCUAUUUCUAUGAGAAAAUAGAAUGUUCUUGGCACUUGAUCUUGCCAGAGUAAGCCCCAUCCACCCCCCACUCUCCUACCCCUAAUCCAGUCUCCUGGUCUUGAGAUCAGAGGCCCUGCUAUCUGAAUGCUUUAAGAAUGGUGACUCUAGGGCUGGUGAGAUGGCUCAUUUUGCAUUAAAAUAAGUGUCUUCCUGGCACAGAUCUUAUCAAUCCAGUGCCCUCUUUUUUUUUUUUUUUUUCUUUUUUUCUUUUUAAUUUAUUUGCUUUAUAUGAGUAAACUGUGUCUUCAGACACCAGAAGAGGGCAUCAAAUCCCAUUACAGAUGGUUGUGAGCUACCAUGUGGUUGCUGGGAACUGAACUCAGAACCUCUGGAAGAGCAGUCCGUGCUCUUAACUGCUGAACCUUCUCUCCAGUACCCUCUUAAGGUAUUUGCUGUCUUCUUGCAUUCUAUAGGAUAAAGAAAGGUAGGAAGAAGAUGGGGUAUGUCCACAACUAGAAAUAAGCACUCUGAUGAGUAGGUCUUGGUUUUCUAGGCAGGUCCCAGAGAAUAGAUACCACCAUCCAGGUUCUUUUUGUCUCCAUUCUAGCAAAUUUCAGUAGAGACUAAUGUAGGAGAUGAUAUAAAGGUGGCAGAGGCAGACAGUCUGCAGGCCAAUCAAGGCUAUAUAGUUGAGACCCUGUCUUAAAACAAAAACAAAACAACUGACCACUUGAGGAAUUGAGUAAAUUUGCAUCUCCUGAGUGCUAUGAUUAAUAGUGUACUAUCUAAAUGGUGUUAUCGCCUCCCCCUUCUGUAAAGAAAAUCAUGUUAGCCCUUCCAGUGUACAAAGGCUCUGGAACUUUGCUGCAGGAAGCAAUGGUCUUAGUUGGGUAGCAUUCUAGAUAGCUGUGGAGCUCACUGUCAGGGUUCAGACCUGUGCCUGUCCAAAUUGUGUUCUCUCUGUAAGCCACAGUUCUGACUUAUAAAAUGGGAUCAGUAUUCCUAAGCCUUGAUGUGGAACAGGGUGGCACUCUUAUGUAUGGCUGAGUUUGAGAGUGCCUCUUACUGUAUUUAUUUGUAUUACUAUGCUGUACUGCUCUCCGUUGGGUUUGGAAGGUGGAAACCAGUAGUAUUUGUUUUGGAAAGGACUGGGACUAUUGUCGGGGUCUUUGCAGUGGCCACUCUACUUUUCUUGGUUUCCAUUCAAGGUCGAGAUUGCUUGUUUCUAGCUGCUGUUACAUCAAGAGACUUGUGUAUCUUGUGAAGAUAGUGCCAGGGGAGAGGUAUUGUUGGGCUUGGUAUUAUGCAAUUUCCAGAAAUACUAAUUAGUAAUUCCUGUGUCCUUGAAUAUGGUUAAUAUCCCCAGUUGUCCUUCCUCAGGCAAUAAGACACAUGACUUCAAGUGUUAAAAAAAAAAAAAAAAACCAGGAAGAAGACUAGUUAAAAUAGGACUUAAAUUUGAGGACUUUUAUCUGAAAUAGUUGGCAUACACUUUGAGGAAGAGUGUAUUUUAUGGGAGCCGAUUAUUAUACUGUGUGGCUGAAAUGAGAACCACGUGGAAUAUAGAGCCUGCCAAUGUGGUUGGGUGGUGGAGUCAUACAGGGUAGCUGCUCUUGGGCUACUCUGAUCUCCCAGGACUCCGUUUCUUGUGUAUAAAAUAGAGUAAAAGUUAGGUUGUAUAGACUGGAGAUUGAGGGAAAGAGAGUUGAAGAGAGUUGCUUUUUGUUUAAGGUAUGAUCUCUAUAACCCAGGUUGGCAUCUAAACUCAGCAAUGCUUCAAUAGCUUUCUGAGUGCAGGGACAAAUGUUGUCACCUCACCCAACAGUAAUUCUUUGUUUGUUUGUUCAUAUAUAUAUGAAUAAUUAUAUUGUUGUAUAUUUGUACUCCUGAGCAUGUUAGUGUGCCACAUAUAUAACCCUAGUCCUUGUAAUUCAGAAGAGAGCAUUGUAGUAAUUACAGACUAGUAGUGAAACCCUCUUUUUGACUGCUGAGCCAUUUGUCUAAUCAUAUCCACUUAAUGUAACUUCUGUUAAGAAAGUCUUGGCCAGUUGUAGUGGCAUACUUGGUAGGCAGAGGCAUGCAGAUCUCUUGAGUUCCAGGCCAGCCUGGUCUAUAAAGUGAAUCCAGGAUAGCAGCAAGAGCUCUUAACACAGACAAACCCUGUCUUGAAAAACCAAAACCAAACAGACAAAAACAGUCUUUUGUUAGGUUUCUUUGAAAUAUAAGUAACUUGGGAUGGGCUUACGUUUAUAGUUCAGUGGUAGGAGACUGAUGUGACAUGGGUGAGACCCAAGUUUCAGUCCCCAAUAUCAUAAAAACAUAUGAAAAAAACUAGUUGCAGCAAAAGGAAAUUUGUUACUCAUUAGCCAGAUGUGGUAGUACAUGCCUGUAUUUCCAAUACUAGAGAGUGUAAGGCAGGGGGAUUAAAAAGUUCACUCUGAGCUACAUAUGAGAUUUGGUCCAUAAAAGCGGGGGGGGGGGGGCAGAGGGGGAAGAGGGAGAGGCCUUUGGUGGUGCCAAAGGUUCAAACGAUGACUUCAGAGCUUGUUUUACAUUUCUCAUAUUCUGACCUCAAGGUCAAGAAGUGGUUUCUUCCAGUAGAGAACCCUUUUUGAUAGCAGACUUUAACAGCAACUCUCUGGGUUGGAUCAUUGUCCAUUUGUCAGGCACAAGGGGGCAAAUGUUUAAAUUACCUUACCUCUAGGUACCUUUAGGUGUUUUGUUUUUCUGUCCUCCAUGCAUCCCAAGUAACAGUUCUUUUUUUUUUUUUUUUUUGGAGACAGGUAGCCCUGGCUGUCCUGGAACUCACUUUAUAGACCAGGCUGGCCUCGAACACCUGCCUCUGCCUCCCGAGUGCUGGGAUUUAAAGGCGUGCGCCACCACGCCCAGUCUCCAAGUAACAGUUCUUAACAGUGCUUUGCUAUUUGAGUAAGAUAAACUGUGUUGGGUAGUUAUUGAACAGACUCUUAAAUUGGAUGGAGAACGUACUAAUAAGGUGAAUAGAAUUUGGAUGUCUAAAUAAAGGAAAGGUUAGCCGGGCAGUGGUGGCCCAUGCCUUUAAUCCCAGCACUUGGGCUCUCAGUUUGGCUGGAAUUAACCCCCAGGAAAUAAGGAUGAGAAGCUUAUUACUACACUGUCAAGGGGUUAAGGAAGUCUUUGUUGAGAAGGCAGAUAGGUAAGUUUCAGUAUUUUACUUACAGUAAUAACACUGUGCUAAAAGAUGUUUACCUCUGUCUUCCAUGCUUGUAGAAGCAACUGUAGUUUCAUGAUUGGCUAAACUUUUCUAUAACCAAGCUUCUGUUUACCAUUCUUUUAGUUUUACAAUUCAGAUUUCCUAAUCAAAAUUAAGCUCCACUAGAAUAGCCAUUUUCCUGUGGUUCUUGCUGUUGAAAGAUUUGUGAAAAUCGAAAAACCAUUGGCCAAGAAUUAGACCAGUCAUACUGUAUUUUUGCUAAAGCAUCAGCUUUAAAGCAGCUCUAGGCAGGGUUGGAGAGCCUUUAGAAUUUGAAGAAUGUUCUGGCUCAAAAAUAAAAUAAAAGUAUGCAUACAUAGUCUUUGAACCUUAAAGACAGAGACCCACAUUCAGGAUAGAUGUACCGGGUUUACUUCUGCAUUGAUAAAUUCUAUGAUGGAGACUUGGACAUACAUCCUGCUCUUGUAGAGAGUCACAUACUUUUGACACUAAAUCAUUCUGAGCACUCAUUAGUAGUUGUCCUUUUAAACAUCCAUGGGAGGGUUUUCUAGAGUCCUCAAGUUACCUCUGUGUCAUCAGAGUAGCUGCAGCGGUGUGUCCCAUGCCUCCCUCACGUUAUUACCUGUGUUCUUUAAUGGGGAUAGAGAAUUUCAGGGUGGAGUAAUAUAAUUUAUAGAUGAAGAAAGUUUUCCAGAACUCUGCCCUAACUUGUGAUUUUUCACAUCCCUCACUCCUGGGAUUUGGUGUUGUCAUGGAGCCUUUGCUGUAGAAGGUAACCCAAUGGGUUUUAGCCAACCUGUUGAUUUAUUUGGUGGUGUUGGAUAUAUAGGUAGGUUUAGAAGACAUGAAUGCUAUGGUCUCUUAUGUGUCUUAGUGCCUGCUCUUAAGUUCUUGGACAGUGGUUAUGUCCUUGAACAUACAAGGUAAAGGAGACAUUUUGUGGGAAAGCACAGCACUUGAGGUACAUAGACACAUUAUACCAGACUGUCACUCUACUUUUCUUUCAUACAUCCUUUGGGAUGUCACUCUACUAUCCUUCCACACAUCACUACCUAGUGGAAGGAAUAGGAAAUACAAUACCAUAAACUUAAAUAAUUCAUACUUCUAGAAUUGGGGCAGAAUGGAAAAGAACUCACUACUAAGAACAGUACAGUAUCCAUUAAACUCCUUCCUCCUUCCCUAAUUUCUAAGCUUUGAAACUGUGUAUAUACACUAGUGGCUAUUUUCCUGCCAUCAUUUACUAGCUUUUAAUUACUUGCAUUUCUUAGCUUAAUUCCACUUAGUGUAAAGGCAUAACUUUUAUUAACUUAAGCAGUUUUACUUUUCUAUUCUGUAAGAGAAAUAAGAUUACCUACUGGGAUUUUUUUUUUUUUUUUUUUUUUUUUGAAAUGGGUGCAUGGGAUUGGAGAUAUGGCUCAGUUAACAACAUGUAUUGUUCUUCCAGAGGACCUGGUUUCACUUAUUCAUGUUUUUGAGUGGCCAAGUGGUGGUCACUCACAAAUGAUCUGUAACUCCAGUUCCAGAGGAUCUGACAACCUUUUCUGAAUUCCUUGGGCAGCAGACUUGCAUAUGGUGCACAAACAUACAUCCAACAAGAUAGCUGUGUUCCAGUUUUGUUCAAAACUACUAGUGAAGAAGUCCUCCUCUCCUCUCAUUCCCAUAUCUGCUUUCCGUCUGGACACAACAUUGGGUCUAAGAAAAUCAGCUCACCAGGCUGUGACCACUGAAUCACAUUGGAGUUCUCUGUAAGUGCCUGGUGAAGAAUGUGAUGGGAUCACUAGCAUGUCUACGGAGAGCGGCCCUGGGACAAGAUUGAGAAAUCUGCCAGUAAUGGGGGAUGGACUAGAAACCUCCCAAAUGUCUACAACGCAGGCCCAGGCCCAACCCCAGCCAGCAAAUGCAGCCAGCACCAAUCCUCCACCCCCAGAGACCUCCAACCCUAACAAGCCCAAGAGACAGACAAACCAACUGCAAUAUCUGCUCAGAGUGGUGCUCAAGACACUAUGGAAACACCAGUUUGCGUGGCCUUUCCAGCAGCCCGUGGAUGCCGUCAAGCUGAACCUCCCUGAUUACUAUAAGAUUAUUAAAACACCCAUGGAUAUGGGAACAAUAAAGAAGCGCUUGGAAAACAACUAUUACUGGAAUGCUCAGGAAUGUAUCCAGGACUUCAACACUAUGUUUACAAAUUGUUACAUCUAUAACAAGCCUGGAGAUGACAUCGUCUUAAUGGCAGAAGCUCUGGAGAAGCUCUUCUUGCAAAAAAUCAAUGAACUGCCUACAGAAGAAACUGAGAUCAUGAUAGUCCAGGCAAAAGGAAGAGGACGAGGGAGGAAAGAAACAGGUAGGGCAGCAAAGCCUGGUGUAUCCACGGUACCAAACACAACUCAAGCAUCAACUUCUCCGCAGACCCAGACGCCUCAGCAGAACCCUCCUCCACCUGUGCAGGCCACAACUCACCCCUUUCCUGCUGUCACCCCAGACCUCAUUGCCCAGCCUCCUGUCAUGACAAUGGUGCCCCCUCAGCCACUUCAGACUCCUUCACCGGUACCCCCCCAGCCACCACCCCCACCUGCUCCAGUUCCACAGCCUGUGCAGAGUCACCCGCCCAUCAUUGCGACCACCCCCCAGCCUGUGAAGACAAAGAAAGGGGUGAAGAGGAAAGCAGAUACCACCACCCCUACCACCAUCGACCCCAUUCAUGAGCCACCCUCACUGGCCCCAGAGCCCAAGACCGCCAAGCUGGGUCCUCGGCGGGAGAGCAGCAGACCUGUGAAGCCUCCAAAGAAGGAUGUACCGGACUCACAGCAGCACCCAGGGCCAGAGAAGAGCAGCAAGAUCUCUGAGCAGCUAAAGUGCUGCAGUGGCAUCCUCAAGGAGAUGUUUGCCAAGAAACAUGCUGCCUAUGCCUGGCCUUUCUACAAGCCUGUGGAUGUGGAGGCACUGGGUCUGCACGACUACUGUGACAUCAUCAAACAUCCCAUGGACAUGAGCACAAUCAAGUCUAAACUAGAGUCCCGAGAGUACAGAGAUGCCCAGGAAUUUGGUGCUGAUGUCCGAUUGAUGUUCUCCAACUGCUACAAGUACAACCCCCCUGACCAUGAAGUGGUAGCCAUGGCUCGAAAACUCCAGGAUGUGUUUGAAAUGCGCUUUGCCAAGAUGCCUGAUGAGCCUGAAGAGCCAGUUGUUACAGUGUCCUCUCCUGCAGUGCCACCCCCUACAAAGGUGGUAGCCCCACCCUCAUCUAGUGACAGCAGCAGCGACAGUUCUUCCGACAGCGACAGUUCCACUGACGACUCUGAGGAAGAGCGAGCCCAGCGGCUGGCUGAACUCCAGGAACAGCUCAAGGCCGUGCAUGAGCAGCUUGCAGCCCUCUCACAGCCCCAGCAGAACAAACCAAAGAAAAAGGAGAAGGACAAGAAGGAAAAGAAAAAGGAAAAGCACAAAAAGAAAGAAGAAGUGGAGGAAAAUAAAAAAAGCAAAACCAAGGAACUUCCUCCCAAAAAGACAAAGAAAAAUAACAGCAGCAACAGCAAUGUGAGCAAGAAGGAACCAGUACCCACGAAGACCAAGCCGCCUCCCACAUAUGAAUCAGAAGAGGAGGAUAAGUGUAAGCCCAUGUCUUAUGAGGAGAAGCGGCAGCUAAGUCUAGAUAUCAACAAACUUCCUGGUGAGAAGCUAGGCCGUGUAGUACACAUAAUUCAGUCAAGGGAACCAUCACUUAAAAACUCCAACCCCGAUGAGAUUGAGAUUGACUUUGAGACCCUGAAGCCAUCUACACUACGAGAGUUGGAGCGAUAUGUCACCUCCUGUUUGCGGAAGAAAAGGAAACCUCAAGCUGAAAAAGUUGACGUGAUUGCUGGUUCUUCCAAGAUGAAGGGAUUCUCAUCCUCUGAGUCGGAGAGCACCAGCGAAUCCAGCUCCUCUGACAGUGAAGACUCUGAAACAGAGAUGGCUCCCAAGUCAAAAAAGAAGGGGCACACUGGGAGGGACCAGAAAAAGCAUCAUCACCAUCACCAUCCACAGAUGCAGCCAGCCCCAGCUCCUGUGCCCCAGCAGCCGCCCCCACCUCCACAGCAGCCUCCUCCACCCCCACCUCCGCAGCAGCAGCAGCAGCAACCUCCACCCCCACCACCUCCGCCCUCCAUGCCACAGCAGACUGCCCCAGCGAUGAAGUCCUCGCCCCCACCCUUCAUCACUGCCCAGGUCCCCGUCCUGGAACCACAGCUGCCAGGCAGUGUCUUUGACCCUAUUGGCCACUUCACCCAGCCCAUCUUGCACCUGCCGCAGCCGGAGCUGCCUCCUCACCUGCCCCAGCCACCUGAGCACAGCACUCCACCCCAUCUCAACCAGCAUGCUGUGGUCUCUCCUCCAGCUUUGCACAAUGCGCUGCCCCAACAGCCAUCUCGGCCCAGUAACCGAGCUGCUGCUCUGCCCCCAAAGCCUACCCGACCCCCAGCUGUGUCCCCUGCCCUGGCCCAGCCCCCCCUGCUCCCACAACCACCAAUGGCUCAGCCCCCCCAAGUGCUGCUGGAGGAUGAAGAGCCACCUGCCCCACCCCUCACCUCCAUGCAGAUGCAGUUGUACCUACAGCAGCUGCAGAAGGUGCAGCCUCCCACACCACUACUCCCUUCCGUGAAGGUGCAGUCCCAACCCCCACCGCCUUUGCCGCCUCCACCCCACCCUUCUGUGCAGCAGCAGCAGCUCCAGCCACAGCCACCGCCACCCCCACCUCCUCAGCCACAGCCACCACCCCAGCAACAACACCAGCCUCCACCACGACCAGUUCACUUGCCAUCCAUGCCCUUUUCUGCUCAUAUUCAGCAGCCCCCACCACCCCCAGGACAGCAACCUACUCACCCACCCCCAGGACAGCAGCCCCCACCACCACAGCCUGCCAAGCCCCAGCAAGUCAUCCAGCAUCACCCUUCCCCCCGGCACCACAAGUCAGACCCCUACUCAGCUGGUCAUCUUCGUGAGGCUCCCUCUCCGCUUAUGAUACAUUCCCCUCAGAUGCCACAGUUCCAGAGCCUGACCCAUCAGUCUCCUCCCCAGCAAAACGUCCAGCCUAAGAAGCAGGUAAAGGGCAGGGCUGAGCCACAGCCACCAGGGCCAGUCAUGGGCCAAGGCCAGGGAUGCCCACCUGCCUCACCGGCUGCCGUGCCUAUGCUGUCCCAGGAGCUGCGACCACCUUCAGUCGUCCAGCCCCAGCCCCUGGUGGUAGUAAAGGAGGAGAAGAUUCACUCACCAAUCAUUCGCAGCGAGCCUUUCAGCACCUCACUUCGACCAGAGCCCCCCAAGCACCCAGAGAACAUCAAGGCCCCAGUCCACCUGCCCCAGCGGCCUGAGAUGAAGCCUGUAGACAUAGGGAGGCCUGUGAUCCGGCCUCCAGAGCAGAGUGCACCCCCACCAGGGGCCCCUGACAAGGACAAACAGAAGCAGGAGCCAAAAACACCAGUGGCACCCAAAAAGGACCUGAAAAUUAAGAACAUGGGCUCCUGGGCCAGCCUGGUACAGAAGCAUCCGACCACCCCAUCCUCCACAGCCAAGUCCUCAAGUGACAGCUUUGAGCAUUUCCGCCGUGCUGCUCGGGAGAAGGAGGAGAGGGAAAAGGCCCUGAAGGCUCAGGCUGAGCAUGCAGAGAAGGAGAAGGAGCGGCUGAGGCAGGAGCGCAUGAGGAGCCGAGAGGAUGAAGAUGCGCUGGAACAGGCACGUCGAGCCCAUGAGGAGGCACGACGGCGCCAGGAGCAGCAGCAGCAGCAGCAGCAGCAGAGACAGGAGCAGCAGCAGCAGCAGCAGCAGGCAGCUGCUGUGGCCGCUGCCUCUGCCCCCCAGGCCCAGAGCUCCCAGCCCCAGUCUAUGCUGGACCAGCAGAGGGAGUUGGCCCGGAAACGAGAGCAGGAGCGGAGGCGCAGGGAGGCAAUGGCAGCUACAAUUGACAUGAAUUUCCAGAGUGAUCUUUUGUCAAUAUUUGAAGAAAAUCUUUUUUGAGAGCACCCAGGUGACUUCUGACUUUUUCUGGCAAAAAUGUUGACUCUCCAUCCAUAGUGUUAGGGGCAGCCGUGGAAGCAGCAGCAGCCAGGGAUGUCUCUGGGCCUGGCUCUCCUGCAUGCUGUGCCCGGGGCAGGCCUGACGGGCGGGCAGCUGAGGAUCGCAGAGCCCAUCUGCCUUACAGCCAGCCGGACAGACGUCCUACUACAUGCCACCCCCUCAGAGGACGUCAGUUCAGGGCACGUCUCAAUAUGAGUCAAGUGCCAGCUGGACCUGAGGCCUGCUUCCCCGCGUGCGGGGCAGAGGCCCUUCUCUGCGCCAAAUGUCUGACUACACAGUAUACACAGGACAUUGUUGCUGCCGCCACCGAGACUGGUUUUCUGUCCCUGAGAACAUGACGUUUGUGACGUCCUACCCAUUGGGAGUCCUUCACACCCCAGCCAUCGCUGCCCACUCCCAGGAGGCCAGGGCAAGCCUGUGUGGACUGGAGCAGCAAGGCACUGGCCCACCCCUUGCUGGCACUGACUUUGCCUUGAACAGACCCUCUCCCCUCCCCCACAAGCCUUUAAUUGAGAGCCGCUCUUUAUAAGUGUUCGCUUGUGCAAAAGGGAAUAGUGCCGUGGAAGUGUGUGUCCAUGGCAGUUUGGACAGGGGUGACUGUUCACACGUAUGGACAGGCCUCGCCUGGGGAGUAAGGCCACCAACCAAAGUCAGUUCCUUCCCACCUGUGUUUCUGAUUUUGUUUUGUUUUAUUUUUUUCCUAUAUAUAUAUUUUUUUUUGUUGUUGUUGAAUUCUAUUUUAUUUUUAACUCUCUUCUCCUCAGACACAGUGGCACUGCUUAUCUCCAAAUGGUGUGAUCGUCUCCUCAGUGAGCGGCGGCUCCCACUGCGCUGUGGGUAGUGUGUGACUGUGGCUGUACUGUAUAGUGAACAUAGUUGGCAUAUCUUUGUUUGAAGUUUGUUGGUGAUUCCACCAAACUGGUGUAAAAAACAAAAACAAAAAAACCCACAAACCACCCAAAACUCACAAAAAAAAUCCUGCUUGUAUUCAGUUUCAAACUUUAUUAGUCUCACUUUUAAUUAUAAAACCAGAAAGCUGCAAUUUCUUUUCCCUCUACCCCUUAUUUGUUGGCUUCUUUGUUUUUUUAAUGUCAAAUCUGUUUGUUUUUACCAAGAAAGGGAGAGCCUGAGGAGGUCUGCAGGCUUUGGUGGGCUGCGAACCGAGGCGGAGGCCCCCACCCAGUACCUGGUGAGACCAGUGUGCUGCGCCUUCCUUCCUAUUAGUAUUUUUGUUUCGUUUUGUUUUUAAAUUGGAGCCCCUGGUGAGGUUACAUGUGCCAUGAGAACCCACUCUACACCAUAGUGCUGGUGCCUCAGUGUUGGCCAAACUCUGGAGUCACUGACUGGUUUGACUUUCAUGUGGUAAAUAUGCAUUUGGUCUGUACUGAUCAUGGAAUAAACACAUCUCUCUUUUUUAA